AUGGCCCCAGAAGCAGCAACCGCGACAAAGAAUGUUGUCCCAAAGAGGGCAUACGUGACGUUCUUGGCCGGAAAUGGUGACUACAUUAAAGGAGUGGUUGGUUUGGCCAAGGGUCUGAGAAAGGCCAAGUCAGCCUACCCUCUGGUGGUGGCCAUUUUGCCUGACGUGCCUCAGGAGCACCGUCGGAUCCUUGAAUCUCAGGGAUGUAUUGUCCGUGAGAUCGUGCCGUUGAGCCCUCCGGAGAGCCAGACCAAUUUUGCUAUGGCCUACUACGUCAUCAACUACUCCAAACUUCGCAUUUGGGAGUUUGUGGAGUAUGACAAGAUGAUCUACUUGGACGGUGAUAUACAAGUUUUUGAUAAUAUCGAUCACCUCUUCGACUUAUCGAACGGCUACUUUUAUGCUGUGAUGGACUGCUUUUGUGAGAAUACGUGGCUGAAUUCUCCUCAGCAUAAUAUUGGGUACUGCCAACAGUGCCCUGAAAGGGUGCAGUGGCCGGCAGAGAUGGGUUCUCCUCCCCCACUCUACUUCAAUGCUGGCAUGUUCGUCUAUGAGCCUAAUAUUUCCACUUACCAUGAUCUCUUGGAGGCCGUCCAAUCCACCCCUCCCACUUUUUUUGCUGAGCAGGACUUCCUUAACAUGUAUUUCAAGGAUAUAUUUAAGCCCAUCCCUCCCAUCUACAACCUUGUCUUAGCCAUGCUGUGGCGUCACCCCGAAAAGUUUGACUUUGAGAAAAUAAAGGUUGCCCACUAUUGUGCUGCGGGUUCAAAGCCUUGGAGGUACACAGGCGAAGAACAAAACAUGCAGAGGGAAGACAUCAAGAUGCUGGUGAAGAAAUGGUGGGAUAUUUAUGAAGACGAGUCUUUGGAUUACAAGAAUUUCUCGUCCAAAGUUAUUGCUCAGCCUCUAUUCGAGGCGCUGUCGGAGGCUGCUGUGGUUGAAGAAAAGAAUGCUCCAUCGGCUGCUUAA